AUGCAACUUGUCAACUACACGUCAAAUAAGCAGCAACAACUUCCUAUGAUCAAUACCGAGCCUGAAAACAUUCUGGGAUGGAGUCUGAUUCAGAAUAAAGCAGCAAAUAACCAAGCAGACGUUUUUGCGAAAAAGUCUAGUACUGCAGCUGAGGAUUUGGUCUUGUAUGAGCUGUCUUCCGCUGUAAGUUGGGAAGAAUGGUGGACGUACGACGGCAUAUCAGGUCCCGCGUUUUGGGGUCUCAUUAAUCCGGAAUGGUCGUUGUGCAAUAAGGGCAGACGACAAUCUCCAGUUAAUUUAGAACCGAAUAAGCUGCUUUUCGAUCCCAAUCUUCGACCACUCCACCUAGAUAAACACAGAGUGAGCGGAUCUAUCAUGAAUACCGGUCACAGCGUGAUCUUCACCGUGGAAAACGACACCAGGCAACAUAUCAACGUGAGCGGUGGUCCGCUUUCCUACAAAUAUCAAUUCCAAGAGAUCCACAUCCACUACGGUCUCCACGAUCAAUUCGGAUCCGAACAUUCAAUAAACGGAUACGCCUUCCCCGCCGAGAUCCAGAUUUUCGGCUUCAACUCACAGCUUUACUCCAACUUCUCGGAGGCAUUGCACAAAGCUCAAGGGAUCGUAGUUAUUUCUCUUCUUUUACAGUUAGGGGAUUUAUCCAAUCCUGAAUUGAGGAUUUUGACCGAUCAACUAGACAAAAUUAGAUACGGGGGGGAUGAAAUCGAAGUGAAACGUCUGUCAGUUCGGGGUCUACUCCCCGAAACGGACUACUACAUGACGUACGACGGUUCGACGACUAUGCCGGCUUGCCACGAGACAGUCACUUGGAUGAUUCUCAACAAACCAAUUUACAUCACCAAGCAACAGAUGCUCGGUCUCCGAAGACUAAUGCAAGGGGACGCCAAACACCCCAAAGCGCCCUUAGGAAACAAUUUCAGACCACCGCAACCGUUGCAUCACCGACCAGUAAGGACAAAUAUUGACUUCAAUGUUAAACAUCGAAGUGAUAUCGGCAAACAGUGUCCGAGUAUGUACAAAGACGUGUACUACAGAGCGAACAGCUGGAGACAACAUUAGACGCGUGAAAAUUGUGCCAUAUCAAUUUUUUUUUUUUUUCAUUUUUUGAUUUUUCGAUUAGAAUAAAAACUAAUAAGUGGAAAUUCGAAAUGGAAAA